UACAGCGCCUUCUCCCUACACCUACUCCUACUUUUCCAAAUUUUCCAACAUCAAUUCGCUCCACUACAAAAAAAAAACCUACCCUCCCAAAACCCACCCUCUGCACACACCAUACUCUAUAUUCAUCUUUGUCUCUUGGCAUCUCUUGUGUGGUUUGUUGAAAUUGAGUAGCAAACUGAGGACUGAAGUAACUGAUAUGGACAAUAACUUCAUAUACGCUGGGGAGCCACCAAAUUACAAGGGUUUAGAUCCAACAUUGUGGACUGCUGAAAUACACCAUGGUGGUCAACUUCAAGACAUAAGUAAUGGAUACAACUUUUAUUCUGGUGGUAGUGUGGUUUGGGUAGACAACUUAAAUCGAGACUACAUGUCACCUUUCGAUUUUGAUGAUUUUGCAAAGAAAUUGGGGUAUCAAGAACGUGUUGGAUACUACUAUAGAGUGCCAGAGGGAGUAAAUGGGGUGCAAAGUAAGUUGGUUUGUAUUACAAAUGACGAGGUGUUUAAUAACAUGUUUGAUAACUUGCUUCAGAGUAGAGUUGUUGUCAUUUAUUUCUCUCAUGGAAUUUCUUGUGGGCUUCUAGAGAGUCAGGCAUCUAUUAAUAACCAUUAUGUGCAGCAAAUAGAUAUAUUUCAAACUGAGAGGCAGCAAAGUAACACACUUCAGCCAGAGAAGUUUCCUCAAUCAGAUGUGCUAGAAUUUAAUUGGGUGUAUGUGGAUGUACAAGAAGAGGAAGCAACCACUGAAUCUGAUGAUGAAUUUAUUGAUUCUGACUAUGAGCAAGAUGAAGAAGGGCUUGGUGUAUCAUUUGAGCAAAAUGAAGAUGAUGUCAUAUAUGACCAAAAUGUAGAAGGUUCUAACAAGGAAGAUAUACAAAAUGAGAUUGGACCAGAAGAGCAAGAGUUUGAUGAAUACAAUUCAGAAGAUCUUAAAAGCCUAGAUGGGAACUCAUCUAGUGAUGAAGAACCAAAUACAGUGAAUAGGAGAAGGAUGAAGAAGAAAUUGUCAAAAUUUAAACAAUUUAGGAGAGAAACUGAUAUUAGAACCAUAGAGUUUCAUUUGGGGAUGGUUUUUGCAAAUGCCAAGGAAUUCAAAGAAGCUGUGAAAUGGCAUUUUGUUAACCAUUGCAGGUCUUACAAGUUCAAAAUAAAUGAUUGGUAUAAGGUUAAGGCUGUUUGUAAAGCUGAGCCAUGCCCUUGGUCUGUGUAUGCUUCUUCUAAUGACAUGUCUGACAGACAUUCCCCUUUACAUGUUAAAACAUUAGUUCAAAAUCACACAUGUGGAACUGAUGAAAACAAUACAAGUGUGACUAUUACUUGGUUGGCUAAGAGAUAUGCUGACGAUUUAUCCAUUAAUCCAAAAAUGGAUGUGAAGACAAUGAAAGCUAUGGUGAGGAAAGCUUAUAUGGCAGAAAUCUCAAGGUGGAAAGCAUAUAGAGCAAGAUCAAUAGUAAAUGAGAAGCUUGAGGGUUCCUACCAAGAGCAGUAUUCCAUACUUAGAGAUUACUGUGAAGAGCUUAAGAGGUCCAAUCUUGGAAGUACAAUUAUGUUGAAAACGGAAUUGGAAGGUGAGAAAACAAUGAAAGCUAUGGUGAGGAAAGAUUAUAUGGCAGAAAUCUCAAGGUGGAAAGCAUAUAGAGCAAGAUCAAUAGUAAAUGAGAAGCUUGAGGGUUCCUACCAAGAGCAGUAUUCCAUACUUAGAGAUUACUGUGAAGAGCUUAAGAGGUCCAAUCAGGCUCAAGUCUCCUGCUAA